UCUAACUAAGAGUGUUUCAUACUUCUUAUAUCUAUUACCAUUACCAUGUUGCCUGGUAUUGGUGUUUUCGGCACAGGUGCCCUAGCAUCAGCCCUAGUGCCUUUACUACGUGAACGAGGCUUCAAAAUUGAAGCCCUAUGGGGCCGAACAAUACAAGAAGCUGAACAAACAGCCAAGGAACUCAACAUUCCAUUCUACACAAACAAAAUCGAUGAAGUACUACUCAGAAAACAUGUAGAUCUCAUAUUCAUCAUAUGCCCACCUUACCUACAUUCCCAGAUUUCUGUAAAAGCUUUAGGAAUAGGCAAACAUGUCGUAUGUGAUAAACCGGCUGGUUUAAAUCAAUUGGACGCUUCUAAAAUGGUCAGAGCUUGCCAGUACUACCCGUCGUUGAUAUCUAUAUUAAAUCAUUCCUUGAGGUUCUUUCCAGCAUUUACAAAAAUGUAUGAGGUUUUACGUGGUGGGUACUUGGGUGAUAUUGAUGAUAUAUCCAAUGUUGAUGUACGAGUACAAAUGGCAUCGUUGUUGCAUAAUAAGUACGACUGGUUGUGUGAUGCUACAAUGGGUGGAGGCAUUUUAAAUCUUGUCGGGAGUCAUAUAAUAGACUUGAUUAAAUUUCUUACAAACAAGACUGCUGUUAGAGUUCACGGUACUAUUAGGACUUUUACAAAAACAACACCGUAUGUUAAUGGUAUCAGGCAUGUUUCGGCACCAGACUUUUGUACGUUUCAAAUGGAACUGGAGAAUGGUUGUUUGGUGACUGCUACUUUGAGCAGUCAUAUUCCUGGUGCAAAAUUUCAACAAGAAGUAGUCAUGUGCAGUCGUACUGGACAUUUGGCAGUACGUGGAGGAGAUUUGUAUGGAUGCUGUUAUGAAAUACACAGAGAUUCAGGAAGUAAUAAAGAAGUCGUCCUUUAUAUGGACGACCAAGACGUGGCCCAAUCCCAGGGCGUCGACAUCUUGCCAAUGCCAUACAUCAAGGGUCUCUGCAAGCUCACUGGGGCUCUCAGAGAGGCUUUUCUACCAGUCGAGGACAAGGCUGGUUGGAUAAAGGAGCCUGUACAGCUGGCAGCUUCUUUCGAAGAUGGAUUGUAUGUCCAGGCUGUUUUGGACGCUAUCAAAAAGUCCAGUAAUGAAAGAACAUGGGUCGAUAUUGAUCUGAUGACUGAGGUUAAUAAUAAAGAAAAUAGUGUACGUGUCCAGAAUUCCUUACAGUAG